UGUCAACGUCUUCGACCUCCGCGUUGUCAUCACUGUUCUUUGUGCAAUAAAUGUGUGUUAAAACGGGAUCACCAUUGUUUUUUUGCCAGGGCGUGUGUUGGCAUUCAUAAUCAAAGACAUUUCAUGGUGUUUCUAUUCUGGACAUUUGCAGGAACCGUGUAUUCCACCAUUCAUAUGAUUCCGUAUUUU